UUACAUUGCCUUUUUCUUCCAGGUGAAGUGUUUGUCUUAAACGAUGGCGGAGAAGUUGAUUUAGACCUGGGAAAUUAUGAAAGGUUUUUGGAUAUUAAUCUUUAUAGGGACAACAACAUCACCACUGGGAAGAUAUACCAUCAUGUGAUCAACAAAGAGAGGCGUGGUGAUUACCUGGGGAAAACGGUACAAGUGGUCCCCCACAUUACUGAUGCCGUCCAGGAGUGGGUGAUGAAACAAGCCAUGGUGCCUGUGGACGGGAAUAAUGAAGAGCCCCAGAUCUGCGUCAUUGAGCUGGGUGGCACCAUUGGAGACAUUGAAGGAAUGCCAUAUGUGGAAGCAUUCAGACAAUUCCAGUUUAAGGCCAAGAGGGAGAAUUUCUGUAAUAUCCACGUUAGCCUUGUCCCACAGCCCAACGCUACCAGGGAACAAAAAACCAAACCCACGCAAAACAGUGUCCGUGCGUUGCGAGGCCUAGGGCUCUCUCCAGACUUGAUUAUCUGCAGAAGUUCAAAACCCAUAGAAAUGGCUGUGAAGGAAAAGAUUUCUAUGUUUUGUCAUGUGAAACCUGAACAGGUAAUAUGCAUCCAUGAUGUUUCUUCCACAUACCGAGUGCCUCUGCUUUUGGAUGAACAAGGCAUCGUUAAAUAUUUUAAAGAGAGGUUGAAUCUGCCUAUUACUGAUUCUGCAAAUAAUUUACUUUUCAAGUGGAGAAAUAUGGCUGACAGGUAUGAAAGGUUACAGAAAACGUGCUCAAUAGCCCUGGUUGGCAAGUAUACCAAGCUCAGGGACUGCUACACCUCUGUGUUCAAGGCCCUGGAACACUCAGCCUUGGCCAUCAAUCACAAAUUGAAUCUGAUGUACGUAGACUCGAUUGACCUAGAGCAGACCACUGAGAGCGAGGACCCUGUGAAAUUCCACGAAGCGUGGCAGAAGAUAUGCAAAGCCGAUGGUAUUCUUGUGCCGGGAGGAUUCGGAAUCAGAGGAACGAUGGGAAAACUCAAAGCGAUUUCUUGGGCAAGGACAAAGAAGAUUCCUUUUCUGGGAAUUUGCCUUGGAAUGCAGCUAGCAGUGAUUGAGUUUGCGAGAAACUGCCUUAACUGGAAAGAUGCUAAUUCCACGGAGUUUGAUCCGAGUACCCCCAUUCCUCUGGUGAUUGAUAUGCCUGAACACAACCCUGGCAAUUUGGGAGGAUCGAUGAGGUUAGGAAUAAGAAGAACUGUUUUCAAAACGGAGAAUUCCCUAUUAAAGAAGCUUUAUGGUGAUGUUUCCUUUAUAGAAGAAAGACACAGACAUCGAUAUGAGGUGAACCCGAACCUCAUCAACCAGUUUGAGAACAGUGACUUACAGUUUGUAGCUCAGGAUGUCGACGGAGAGAGAAUGGAAAUGAUUGAACUGGCAAAUCAUCCAUAUUUUGUUGGUGUCCAAUUCCAUCCUGAGUUUUCUUCUAGACCGAUGAACCCUUCCCCUCCAUACCUGGGGCUAUUACUUGCAGCAACUGGGAACCUGAAUAGCUAUGUGCAACAGGGAUGCAAACUGUCAUCCAGUGAUAGAUACAGUGACGCCAGUGAUGACAGCUUCUCAGAAGCAAGGAUAGCUGAAUUGGAAAUAAACUGAAACAGAUACAUGACUUGGAGUAAUGGGGACUACCUAAGAAG